GUAAAUCAUAACAUCAUGGCGGCUGGUUUCAAGACUGCGGAGCCUCUGGAGUAUCACAGGAGUUUUCUGAAAGAAAACUGCCGGCCAGAUGGGCGGGAGCUGUCUGAGUUCCGAACCACAACUCUGAACAUAGGGUCCAUAUCCACAGCUGACGGCUCAGCCCUGGUGAAGAUGGGAAACACCACCAUCAUCUGUGGCAUCAAAGCGGAGCUGGCAAACCCUACAGUGGAGGCACCUGCUAAAGGUUACAUUGUGCCCAACGUGGACCUGCCGCCGUUGUGUUCGUCGCGGUUCCGGCCCGGCCCUCCAGGAGAACAGGCCCAGGCCGCCAGCCAGUUCGUCGCUGACGUCAUUGAAAGCUCGGAGGUGAUCAAGGCGGAGGACCUGUGCAUCGACAGGGGGAAGCUCUGCUGGGUGCUCUACUGUGACAUCAUGUGUCUCGACUAUGAUGGGAACAUCCUGGAUGCUUGUAUCAUCGCCCUGCUGGCUGCUCUCAAGAACACACGACUGCCAGAAAUCACCAUCAACAAAGACACAUGUGCACCAGAGGUGAAUUUAAAAGUGAGACACGGGCUGCAUGUUCACAAGCAUCCGGUUGGGACCUCUUUUUGUGUCUUUGAUGACUCCAUACUGAUCGUAGACCCCACGGCGGAUGAAGAGCGCCUGGCCACCGCGCAGCUCUCCGUGGUGACGGACGAGGAGGGCCGACUCUGCUCCGUACACAAACCAGGUGGGGUUUCGCUGUCGGCAGAGAAGCUGCAGGACUGCAUCAGCCGGGCAACGCUACGACAGAAAGAGAUCCAGAAACUCAUCGACAAAGUUGUAAACAGUGUCACAACAGCACAAUAAAACACACUCAAAAUAUAAUUUUUAUCUAAAAGCUGUAUUUUCCACUGUCAAUAUAUAUUCUUUUUUUUUUUAAUAACAAUAAAACUGCUGACAAAGACUGCUUA